AUGAGCGUGCCUCAACAGCGCCGAAAAUGGUAUUAUUUACAAUGGUUUGCGGACCAUGAUACAAAGGAGGAACGGCGCCUUAUCUUGAAACUGGAUCUUUUAAUUGUUCCCUAUGCUUUUCUAGCAUACUGGACCAAGUAUAUUGACCAAGCCAAUAUCAACAAUGCUUACGUAUCCGGUCUCAAAGAAGAUCUGGGUUUUAAUGGAAAUGAACUGGUCCAACUUCAGACGAUGUACACCAUAGGAGCUGUAAUUGGGCAAUUACCUUUUGCGUUUUUGUUCACAAGGUUACCUAUGCACUGGGUUAUCCCAUUUAUGGAUAUUGCAUGGGGUAUAUUUACCUUGGUGCAGUACCGAGCAAACUCGUACGCAGAACUUGCUGCAUACCGCUUCUUGGUCGGCUGGUUUGAGGCACCCUACUACCCGGGAAUGCAUUUUAUUUUCGGCUCAUGGUAUCGCAGCGACGAAAUUUCGCGCCGAGGAGGAUGUUUCUAUGUUGGCCUGACGCUGGGUACACUCACAGCAAGUCUCAUCCAAGCUGGAACAUCAAGUAGCCUUGAUGGGGUCAAUGGACUUGUUGGCUGGAGAUGGAUGUACAUCAUCUGUGCCGUCAUAACCAUUCCUGUUGCAAUUCUGGGCUACUUCCUUCUCCCUGGAACUCCGGACAAACCAAAUAGAUGGAUCCUCAAGGAGAAAGAUAUUCAACUGGCCAAAUCCCGUCUUGAAAAAGCAUCACAUAGCGUUCGAGAAGAAGCCAUAACCUGGCGAACAAUUCUGAGUGUCGGUCGCAACUGGAAAUUCUGGGCCCUUCUUUGGCUCAACAUCUUCUUCUGGAAUGGAAGUAUUAAUACAACAACCGGCGGCUACCAGCUGUGGCUGAAGAGCCUUGACAGGUUCUCGACCAGUCGGUUGAAUGAACUUGCCGCCGUAUCUCCAGCCCUGGGAAUAUUUUAUACUCUUUUCGUAUGCUUUGCAUCGGAUCUUUUACUCGGACCUGCUUGGGCUAUCACGCUUUCACAUACCUGGAACAUCAUUGGUCUCAUCAUCCUUGUUAUAUGGAAAGUCCCGGAGUCGGCACUAUGGUUUGCCUUCUUUACCACAUACUCAGCUGUCGCAAUGUCAAGCGUUCUAUACGGCUGGAUCAAUAGCCAGCUGCGGUCUUCUCCUGUUCAGCGAGCGGUGACCCUUGUCAUUGUCAAUAUGAUUGCGCAGUCGACUACAGCCUGGACUCCGCUAUUGGUUUUCAAAACAGUCGAGGGCCCGCGUUUUACAAAAGGAUACUCAUUCGUUCUCGGAAAUGCAAUUUGCUUGAUUAUACUUGCACAUAUUGUUAACUUUUUUAUCUCAAAAGAAAGUGACUUGGAAAAUGGGGCUCAACAGAACCUAGAAUUUGGAAAGAAGAACCAUCACCCAUGA